AUGCGGUACGCGAACAAGGCCGCUGAGAGCGCGUCUGCACGUCUCUGUGCGGACGCCGAAGCAGAAACCGCUGCGACCGAUGUGUCAUCGGUUGCUAAGCGUCUCAGCCUGUUUCACCUGGUGAUGCAGGCGCUCGUCAUGAAGACACUCAUGUCUUGA